CAUUUCUGUGGGGAAGCUACUUUCCUUUCCCCUCAAAUCGCAACUGACACUCGAGCGGACAAACUAUUAAAGAGCAUAGUUAUCAUCAGCUGACCAGUUACAUAACACUUAGGCUAGGAAAUAAACUUACUGUGGAUGCAGUUUUGUAUUUGGAGUAAAAAUGUCCACUCAAGGACUUUUAAGUAGUGUUUUCACGUGCUCGUCAACGGGAUCCAAACCCGUUUCCAAGAGCAAACUAAGGCAAAGUUGGAGCUUAGAUUCGGCUUUGUUAAGACACCACGGGACGGAGUCCGGCGCAGCGACGCAUGAGCGCCCUUUGCAAACGAAUGUAUGUUUGAAUUGCAACCAAACAGGAGGGAAUGCAAAUCCAGGAGCAUCCCCCGAGCCCCGCGUGGCUCCCAGGCUGGACGCACUUGCCCGGACGCCGCGAGGGAAACGGCAUCUUUCAUCUUCGCAUUUGUUUAGCUCCUCGGGCGCUUUGCCACGCGCCGAUAUUCAGUUGGACUGUGAUGGGAAAAGCACCAAGAGAAGCAGCGCGUGGGAUUUACCGUUCGGCUGUCGUGCUCCAUUACAGUCUGCAAACGCUGGUACCAUUUUCUCACCACGAAAGUGGCUUCAAAGAAGAAUCCCACAUGCAGACGCUAGCGAUACUUCCUCCUACAAUACGUGGAUGUCCGAGGGUGAUUUCACGUGGAGGAGUGAAUGUGGUCGUUGUUUCCGCCUGAUGCCCGUUCCUCUACAGAGCCUGUCUGAGCUGGAAAGGGUUCGUCUACAGGAUGUGGCGUUCAAUCAACUGCUUCAGGAUUACAACCUGGGUUGCCAGAUCACCAUACCUAAAGAUGGCCGCAAAAGGAAGAAAUCGCUGAGGAGCAAACUAGAUUCUUUAGGCAAAGAUAAGAAAGAUAAAGAAUAUGCGCCUCAGGUGUUUGGUGGGACUUUACAGCAGGUAAUUGCUAACGAUCGCUGGUUUAAGCUUCGGCAGGAGGCGCAAGACCAUGAAGGCCGCACGGAGCCUGUGGAUCUGGCCACAUCCUUCCUGCACAUGGCCCGGCGGAGGCUGCACCACCGGGACUUCAGCAGUAACUCCUCCCUCAGCUCCUUCUACGAGACACCCAAUGAGAGCACAACUCCUGGCACCCUGGAGGCGGGCCUCCACGCUCGCAGACGGGGCGCCAUGUCAGUAGACUGCAUCACUGAUCUGGACGAUGGACAGUCUCGCCUGCUGGAAGCGCUGCAGCUCUCUCUGCCUGCAGAGUCGCUCAGUAAGAGGUCGAAGGCCAGAGACCAGCGGCUGAGCCUCAACCCCAUCUACAGACAAGUGCCUCGUAUUGUAGACCUCUGCUGCCAGCAUCUAGAGAAAUACGGUCUGCAGACUGUUGGUAUUUUCAGGGUUGGCAGCUCCAAGAAGAGAGUCCGACAGCUCCGUGAGGAGUUUGACCAGGGUGUCGAGGUAGUUCUGGGUCCUGAGCACAGUGUCCAUGAUGUGGCUGCCCUACUGAAGGAGUUCCUCAGAGACAUGGCCGACCCCCUGCUGACCAGAGAGCUCUAUAGUGCCUUCAUCAACUGCACAUUGCUAAAUGCUACAGAACAGAACACCGUCCUGCAGUUGCUUGUAUGUCUACUUCCUGCCUGUAACAGUGACACACUGCAGCGACUUCUCCACUUCUUGUCCACUGUAGCUGCUCAUGCUGAGGACACCUGCGACAGGCAGGGGCGGCAGCUCACAGGUAAUAAGAUGACUUCUCAUAACCUGGCUACCAUCCUUGGACCAAACAUACUACACAAACAGAAGAGUUCAGAUAAGGAAUUCAGUGUUCAGGCAUCUACACAGGUCGAGGACAGCGCCGCCGUCAUCAACGCCGUCCAGCGCAUGAUUACGUGUCAUGAGGCGCUCUUCAUGGUCCCACCAGAACUGCAGCAUGAGGUUCUGGUCAGUUUGGUGGAGACGGACUAUGAUGUUGUAGACUACCUCCUCAGGAGAAAGGCUUCCCACUGGGAGAGUCCCACCACACAACAGCAGGGGGAGCCAUUGUCUCUGAGGAAGGGUUGUUCCUCCAGUGAUUCCAACAGGGCCUCAAGCGGUGAAGCUUCUCCAUAUGACAAUGGCUCACCCACCCUGUCACAACGCCUGUUGCCUCUGGGGCCAGACAGGAGCAUGCAGAUCGGACACGAUGGCACUGGGAGUGACCUCCCUCCAGCACCCACACACACACACACUGCCUUCCACAGUUACCAAGGCAACAUGAAGAAGCCCCUUCGGCGAACGUUGACUAUUCCAGCUGAAGCAGGCAGUAGACCCCACCGCCAUGUCACACGUGCCAACAGUAGCCCUCUGUGUGACAGCUCACUGGACCAAAUGUGGCAAAGCCUGGCAACACUGUCUUGGCAGCAUCCAACUAAAUCAGCGUUCUACCAAUCAGAUGAAUCGAUACUGGCUCCUCCCAUCCACUCACGUUCAGCCAGUCAGAGUGGCAGGCUGCCUCCUCCAUACCCUGGCCUGCCAAAAACAUCACCAACUUGCCUACAGCCAUCAGCCAUGUCUCACCACUCAACAAUCCAAUCCCUACAUCCAUCGGGAAGCCUGCACUUCCAGGGUCCUUGUUUACCUUCCACCAGCCAGGGGGAACCUCCAACACCUCCAACACCCACCUACCCCCUGAGAGACAUUACAAGCCCUGCAACGGUUGAAUAUAAAGACGGGCAAACAGACAAAUGGCAAAUAUGGCACUUCCUGUCGUCAGACAAUGCUGACACUCUACCAGAAACGCUGGUGUGAGCCAAUUCAAACUUUUUAAAAGUUCUGCUUAGAGAUGAAAACAAGCAAGAUCUUCAGGUCUUAGAGUUAGGGUUGGAGUUAGGGUUAGGGAACUUUUAUGGGGCAGGUAACUUUAUUUACCAGCAUGCUGGGAUUCCUCUCAUUGAGUGACUCCACUCUUUAUACAGUUAGAAACAAUGGACAUUUUCCCCACAGGUGAUUGGAUGAUAGGACAGUCCUCACUUGACUCCUGUCUCCUCCUUCUUUGAGGGGGGCUGGGUGAGACUCAGCAAUGGUACCUGAUUAGGUUAUGCAAUGGACAGUGCUGCUUCAAUCACCACCCUCUUCAUAACCCAUAAUGGUGAGGAACCACAACAAACAUGCAGAUGAUACUACAGACUGAAACCUGAACAUUUAGUAAACCUGCACAUGGGAACAUGCCGUAUAAAUGCAAAUUAAUGCUGAAGUUUCACUUUUCUUUUAGCUAAAUGCAACUGUAUUUUCUUUAAAGUCACUUAGCUAAAUAUGUACAUGUAUUAAGAAGAUAUAUUUCACCCAUGACUGUCAGAGACUAGCUAGCUAUGUAUAUCAGCAAGUUGUAUUACUAGGUGAUUCAGAUUGCAGCUGAGGAAAGAUCCCCGUGUUAUACAGUGUUGUGACUGCAGUGUUCAUGUUUAAAGUAUAGUUUUUAGAAUAGGGACAUCGGAAUGUGGUUGAUGAGGUUUUGCCUUUCAGGAACCCUGAUAAUUGAAAUGAAAGCCUCUGUCAUGAGCUGUACAACGGGCAGUGAAACAUUUUCAACAUGAUCUGGUGAUAUUUAGCCAGUCAGUGCAUCUAACUAGGCAAACAAUGGAUCUAAUACCUUUUCUGCCAAAUGACCAUUAAAAUCCAAUUAUUUGUACUACCUCAUCUGAAACAUGACUUAAAACAUAUAAUGGCUGAAAUUUUAUCUUUAAUUAUGCACUAGACCAGUCUCAUUCUGAAUACACACAAGGUAAACAAACCCUGACUGGAGGUUUUUAUUUGGUCUUAUGUCUCAUUUUCAGCACUAGACACAUGUAUUCAUAAAACACUAAGCCAAUCACUUGAGUGUCUGUAGGAAAAGAUUUUUUUAAGUACUUAAUUUGGAUUGUCUAUUCUUACUCAUCGCUGCUUUAGAAGGGCUGGUCUUAGUGUUUAGUUCUGAAUAACACUGAAUAUCACCUGCUUGUGUUUAUAUCCAUAUGUUCUUGAAAUGAAACCUCUACUACUUUAGUGGAAUAAAUGCAGUUUUAUUGUUAAACAAAAACAAUUUCUAAUAAUUAUACAAAUGUUUGGUACUUGCAGUAGCACUGUUUGCUUGGUAUUAAAACCUAACCUGGUGUUUUUAUAUAUAUAUAAAAAAAAAAUUUUACAUUUUUUUUUUAAACUUUGAUGAUGUAAUUAAUCCUAAUUCAGGUGUGUUGGUGUCUGUCCUAAAUGUUCUCUUGAAAUCAACUUUCUUUUGUGAUUUUUCUCAUAGCUUGGUAGUUUCACUAUUCACUGUUACACAUUAUAAUUUUUCACAUCAUAAUCAUAGAAGCACAUCCUAAAUGUAAUGUAAAUAUAAUGUUAACAUUUUCUUUGA